GGCGAUCCGCAGCGGGGUUCGGUUGAAGUGGCGAGUGGGGCAGAGUAGAGGCUGAAGGGAGGGGGAGGGAAGGGGCUGACAGGAGCCAAGGGCCGGCCUCUGGGCGCCCGCUGUCAUCACGUUAAUAGCCCGUUUGCAGGUGGUUGAGGUCACUAGAUGGGAGAUGCUGUUGAAGAGGCCUUGGCAGAUUACAGGAGUGCAACCUAAAGUGAUUUUUGUCACUGAUAGUUGGCGAAGAAUAAGCAGUAAGGCUUUUCAGAACUGUUUUGCUCACUGUGGUUUCAAGCAUUCAGGCUUGGUGAUGCCAGAAAUGGCCUGGAGUGAAAACGAAACCAUUUCACAACUUCAAGUUAGGAACUACGAAGACUUUGAAGUUAUCGGCGACCAUCUUGAAUGUUACAAUGAAAAUGAGGAUUUGGAGGAUACAUUGUAUGAAGGUUGUAAAGAAACAAACCAUGAAUGUGGGUACUGCUCACAGCGAAGUGAAUCCAAAUACCCGGGUUAUGAACAGCCGUGGGAUUUGGCUGUCUUAUAUCUUGGGAAUUGGAUUACUUCAUAUCAUUCUCUUGAGCAUCCCAUUCUUCAGUGUGCCAGUAGUAUGGACUCUCACCAAUAUCAUUCAUAAUAUGGGAAUGUAUAUAUUUCUGCACACCGUAAAGGGAACGCCAUUUGAAACUCCAGACCAAGGAAAAGCACGGCUGUUAACCCACUGGGAGCAGAUGGAUUACGGAGUGCAGUUUACAGCCUCACGCAAAUUCCUUACUAUCACACCCAUUAUCUUGUAUUUUCUUACCAGUUUUUACACAAAGUACGACAAAUUACAUUUUGUUAUAAAUACGAUUUCGUUGAUGAGCGUCCUCAUCCCAAAACUCCCUCAACUUCAUGGAGUCAGAAUCUUUGGCAUCAACAAGUACUAAAAACAGCAAUGUCGGCAAGUAAGAAAAAAAGCUAUUGGGCCAACCAGCAGCAGAAAGGAUGCAUCAUGAUGCUUAGAUGUUUAUAUUCUACAUCCUUCAAACUCUUAGCAUGGACAUAUUAUUAUGAUUGGUAUAUUUGUGAGUGAAGCAGCUCAUUUUGCUUGCUGAGAUAUCACAUUAACUAUUUGCAGUGCUUGGAACAGAAAGCCUGCUUUUUUAUUACUGCCUGUAGAUCCCAUUUUCUCAAAUAAUAUUUUUGAUUCUUUGGUUGCCAUAUUAAGUUAUGGAGAUUUUGAUAGAGUAGACAUUUAGUUGAUGUGGGAUGUGAUUUUUACUGUCCAUUGACCAAACAGUUAUCACAGUAUAACUUGUAAAUAUUGUAAUGGCAGUAGACCUAUGAAGGUACAUAGUUUGAAUGAUAUUUUAGAAAACAUGUUUUCAUUGUAAUAAUGGAAGCAACUGGUGAAAAAUGUAAUAUCAAAGUAUUUGGUGCUCAUGCUCCAACACAGCAGAAUUAGGGGUCUUUUACUUUGUUGGGAUACUUGUAAACAUGGUCUAUAUGACUAGAUGCCCCUCAAGAAACAGUGCUGGUCUUACUGUGCAUUUUAAUUGCUUUUUUUUUGCAGAUAUUAUUUAUUUUUGUUCUUUGAUUUCAUAUGUUCAGUGUUGUACGUGAAAAUUACUAAGGAGAAUGUAAAACACUAGUAAAGGUGUGUUUUGAAGCACAGCUCAUGAAUAUUUGAAUUAAGAAGGUGGCUUCUGGAUACAUUUUCUAAAAUAUAUAAAAGUGUUAUGUAAUACAGAGCCCAUAUGUUAACUGAGGACAAGUGGGGCUGGAUAAUUAAAUUUAUCUACCCAAGAUAUAGAGAAUCUCAAAGUGAUUUAUUUUUUUAAACAUAAAUCAGGAUGUUAAUUGUUGGAAUACUGUAAAACUUUAGCAAUCAUGCAACUUUCCUGUAAAUUUGCCUUUUUUAAAAAAAAAUCUGUACCUAUUGUCGGAGUAUAUUGUAAUUUGACUGAUUGAAAAAUGCAGUACAAUUCUCAUUGAUUCUUUUUAUUACGAGAUGGUAGUGAUGUACCUGACUUUUAUAUUCUUAUAAAAUACCUGCUGCAAACUUGAAGUACAGGCUGGUACAUUCAGCUUGUCCUCGAGGUCUGUUAGGACUACAAAAAAAUAGCACUGUGAAUCAUGAUUUUUAAGCAAUAAAUACCAUAACAAAUGAUCAAAGAUAAGCAUGGACAGUGAAGCCUUGUGUGGUAUAGUAUAUAGCUUGCUGAACCUUUGUCUUUAGUGAUGGUAAUUUGAAGCCAGCACUUCCUAAGAGCCAUUUUUCUAUCAAUCAUUUUAAAAAGUCCUGUAAUUCUGGAAUUGUUUGAUUUGAUGCAAUUUGACAAAAAUUUAUAAGCCAUUAAAUUCACUGAUUGAGGAAAUGUCACGAUUGAACAUAACCUGGUUACAAUGCUGUUACAGACAAGAGGUUACAUUUUUCUUUAGAAGAUGUGGAAUUUUGCUUUCCUUAUGGGUGUCAAAGACAAAAAUGCUAUUAUCCAUUCAAACAACUGAUUCAGUUCAAAACAAAAGAUUAGCAGCUACCACCAUGUGGGUAUGAAGCAGAAAAUGUAUCCUUUUCAGUUAGAUCUCUAUAACUCAGAUGGUUAUAUGGUCUCUUCAUCUAUAAAUUAUUAAAGAUAAAAAUCAAUCUGUUGCUGCACCCUGUGAAUAUGUUUGUAUGAAAGCUGGGCAGGACAAGCAUUGAACUCUAAUAAUUCUUCCCCCCCCCCCCCACACCACCAAGGAAAUUGCUGUGAAGGUGGGAAUAACAUGAAACCAAACCAACAACUGAUGGAAACAGUGAAUAGUCACAGCCACCUCAAGAGUAAUUUGUAUAUGGUGCAGUACACAUAUGAAAAGUUUGGGCAUUUAAGCCAGCCUGAGAGAAGAAAAAUUGGUGCACUGGUAAACCAGUUCCUGUUUCCACCUUUGAUUUCCUGCUGGCUACGAAUUUGAAUGAUUACUACUUUUAAGUUGGACUUUCAAAGUCUUUAAGAGUACUAAUCUUUGUAUAAAAUCUACCAUACCUUUUGAGUUUAAAAAUUAUGCUUGCAUUGGAGGAAGGGAGUUUCCCAGUUAGGAGCCAAGUGAGAUUAUACAGGUAGACGUGUUCGGGGAAAAAAGCUUUUUCAAAAAGCUGGUAGACGUAAAACAAUUUUUUAACAUUUUCUAAUUUAAUUAUAAAUCUAUUUCUUGCACUUGUGCUUUAUCAUAGAAGAAAAGUUAAAGUUGCUCUAUUAAAAUAUUUACAAGCUGACACCAGUCUGUUCCACUCUAAAGGAAAGCAAAAAGAGAACAUUUGGACCUCAGGUUUUCAUUGAAAAUAAGAUCCAAAACUGGAUGACUUUCUUCUUUAAAAAAAAAGAUACAUUUUAAUUUAAAAAUCUGAAAUAAUAUAUGAAUUAAACCUAAACAUCUGUAGCAGUUAAGCAUGCCAUUGCAUAGUUCCUGUAGAAGAAAGGAUCAUGUGCACGAUCAACUGCAUUUUGAUUAUCAAUUACUGAAGGCUACUUAUUUAAUUGCAUUCACAAGCUACCAUGAAACUAUUGAAAAAUUUAGCUUUGUGUCACGUUAUGUAAAUGCUAAUAAGGUGGUAGUGAAAAUGUUAAAUUUAUGUAAUCAGGGUUUGUUAACUUUUUAAAAUAUUGCUUUACUAUACUAUUUUGAUUCCUUGUACAAGAUAGUUAAGGCCUUGAAUUUAUAGAUUUUGAAUACUGGUAAAUAUGCUAAGGAAGGUUGUUUUAUUAUGAUGGGUUCUGUAUUGUCAAAGUAUGAAAACUGGUAAAGUACAGUAUUUUUAAGUUUGGAACAUCUUUCUACUUUCAGUAUGUAUCUUGUCAAAUAUUAGCAGGUGAUGGGGUGGUGCUGAGCAAUAACAGUGCCAGUCCAAAAACAGCAAACGUGGGCAAGUUCAGGAUAACCCAGGGUCAAACUAAUGCACUAUUUUUAUAGUGGCUAUCAGAGGUACAGAUUCCAAAUUUAUUUUGGUGAAAUCUGAAUAAAUUAUGUGUCAGAGUGGGGAUGUUUGGAAUUUUAUACUGGUCUAUCAGAUGUGUUUAUGAACUAUUGAAGAAUUACUUGCAUUGGGGACUAGUGUUUGAACAUAUUGUCGUGUAUUGUAAAUAAGGGUUAAUUGAGCAUCUGGCAGCAAAAGGUCUUGUCAGCCAACUGCCCUUCUCUGCAGAUUUUCAUCUAGAUCUUUAUAAGAAAGUGUGAAUAAUAUUUUUAUGAUUCCUUUGUACAGUAUUCUGAUAUUUAAUAAAGGUCAGUAUUCAUGUAA